CGGCAACACAACCACAAUGGCCACCAACAGCAUAAAGUUGCUCACCGGAAACAGCCACCCGCAGCUCGCAAAGCUUGUGGCUGAGAGACUAGGAAUAGAACCUACCAAGCUCCUUGUUCUCCAAUAUUCCAACCAGGAAACAUCGGUGACUAUCGGUGAAUCUGUGAGAGACGAAGAUGUUUUCAUAUUGCAGUCCACCCCCCCAGGCGACAUCAACGAUGCCCUCAUGGAGCUCCUCAUCAUGAUCAAUGCAUGCAAGACUGCUUCCGCUCGCCGUAUUACUGCCGUGUUACCAAACUUUCCGUAUGCGCGGCAGGAUAAGAAGGACAAGUCUCGAGCUCCAAUCACGGCAAAGCUGAUGGCAAAUAUGCUCCAGACAGCCGGUUGCAAUCAUGUAAUAACCAUGGACUUGCAUGCAAGUCAGAUCCAGGGUUUUUUCAAUGUGCCAGUGGACAAUCUCUAUGCCGAGCCGAGUACUUUGAGAUGGAUACGUGAAAAUCUCAACGUCAAGGACUGUGUAAUCGUAAGCCCGGAUGCUGGAGGAGCUAAGAGGGCAACAUCCAUUGCCGAUGGUCUCGACCUCGGUUUCGCACUCAUUCACAAAGAACGCGCCCGGCCCAACGAAGUCUCAAAGAUGGUCCUUGUCGGAGAUGUCAAGGACCGCACAGCAAUCAUUGUGGACGACAUGGCCGACACUUGUGGAACUCUUGUCAAGGCCGCAGAUGUUGUGAUACAGCACGGCGCCAAGGACGUCAUUGCCAUUGUCACUCACGGCAUCUUGAGUGGAAACGCUGUGGAAGCCCUUAACGGCAGCAAGCUGAAAAAGAUUGUGGUGACUAACACAGUGCCACAUUCUGAGAAGAAGGAGCGCUGCGAUCGCAUUGAAACCAUCGACAUUAGUCCAACGCUCGCAGAAGCCUGUCGUCGUACUCAUAAUGGCGAAAGCGUUUCCUUCCUCUUCAAGCAUGCACCUGUAGACUGAAAGUGACUUGUCUGAUCUAGAUUCCCCUACAUCUUUAGCAUGUAUUCCUAAGUCGUUUACAAUGUAACUUUGGGCGGAGUGGGAAGUUCAAGCUAGAUAGCGCAGUAUAUUGGUGACAAUCUUCUGCGUGAUCUUGGUACCACAUAAUACUAUUGUUU